AUGGGUAUAGCCUAUGAAUCUUUAUAUGUACCUGUUGCUACUGUGGAAUCAGAAUUUGAUAAGAUCAACGAAAUGCAAGCCGCGGAGGUUCUUUUAUCAUUGGCCAAAGGAACAUGUAAUAACUGGUCAAUAUUUGCACAGAAUGUAUCGUCAAUCAAUCAAAAUUCUUACUUUUCAACUAAUCAUAAAAAUAUUCUAAAAGAGACAAGUGUUGUAGAUGGUGAGAUGAAAGUAAAAGCUGAUGAAAAUAAUGAUGAUUGUAAAUCCUCUUAUAUAAACACAUUGGAUAGAAAUUUACAUCGUAAUUUAAAAUUUAAACUUCAUCGAAUUAAAUCGUCAAGAUCAUCACCUAAUAUUAAAAGAUUAUAUCAAGUACCAGAUGACAUGACUACUCCUCACAAUUUGGAAUCAGUCUCCUUUGAAAUGGAUAACAGUAAUAAUAUCAGUUCAAAAACAUCACAAAUUCCUAUGCAAACAUUACGGCGAAGUCAAGAAUCUGUCUACAGUCAACCACCGUCUAUGAGUGAUCUUAAUUCACACUGGUUAAAUAAUAUCCCUUGUUAUACUUCAAAUCCUCACGGUUCUAAAUCAUUCCCAACAAUACAAACCAAUGGACUCGAUGAAUAUUCUUCUAAUGCUACAUCAUCUCCACUUAUGGAUCAAUGUGAUCGACUGACUACCCACCAUGAAAAUCAAUCCACAAUGACAAUAAAAGUGACUACUGCUCCUGCUGUUUCUGAUCAACUCAAUACUCGAGUGAAUUUUACUCUUGAUGAUGAUUGUGACUUUACAUCGAAUGCACCCUCGUAUUAUGAAGAUAAUAAUGAUAACAACAAUAAUAGUACUAAUAAUUAUGACAGUUCUGAUCUUUUUAAGCUAAAUGAACAGAAUGUUUUACCUGUUCGCCCAACCAACUCUGAUUUGACAAAUUUUAUCCAUGAAACUAAUACCAUCCGAUCAUGUUACUCAGAUUCACAACUUCUACGACAGCGUUUAGUUGACUUUUCGCAAGGCACCUUGUCUAGUCAACAAAUACUAGAGAGACGGAUUACAGAAACGAUGAUAUCUCAUAAUCUUAACAGUUAUUUAUCAACUAUUUCUGAACCAUCAAGUAAUUCACGAUGUGUCAAUGACGACUCCAACUUUCAGUCAUAUAGUUCAACUGAUAACACCUUACAUGAUGUAAUGAUGGAUUCAAAUCUACAGACUGUAAAUUCGAUCACAGCACCACAGACUAACACAAAUACUACCUCAACGUUUGUUAGCAAUAACAAUAAUAAUAAUAGUAAUAGUAACAACAAUGGAUUAGAAAGAGUUAAAUCUCAUCGAUGCAAUUUUGAUGGUUGUACAAAAGCCUAUUUCAAAAGUUCUCAUUUAAAAGCACAUAUUCGUGUUCAUACAGGUGAAAAACCGUAUAUUUGUGAAUGGAGUCAUUGUAAUCGAAAAUUUGCACGUUCCGAUGAAUUAUCACGUCAUCGUAGAGCGCAUACAGGUGAACGAAAUUUCAUUUGUCAACGUUGUCCUCGUAGAUUCAGUCGUAGUGAUCAUCUUACUAAGCAUUUAAAACGUCAUAUGUCACCAUUAAAAUAA